CUGGCUGGGAGCGGCCAGGAAAGCAGGACCAUGUGGCUUUCCCCCGCCCUGCUCCUCCUCUGCUUCCGAGGCUGCUGCUCUCUGACAGGUCCUGGCUCUGUGACGGGCACCGAAGGGGGCUCCCUGCGUGUGCAGUGUCGGUAUGACGAGGGGUACAGGGGCUACAACAAAUACUGGUGCAAAGGAGAGCAUGACACAGCAUGUGAAAGUAUCGUUCAGACCCACGGGAAAGAGGAAGAGGUGAGGAGUGGUCGCGUGUCCAUCAGAGACAACGGUGCUGACGCCACCAUGGUGGUGACCAUAAGGGACCUCCGUGAAGAGGACGCCGGCCCUUACUGGUGCAAGAUCCAGACCAUAUGGAUCCUGGAUGAGUUGUCACGUGACCCUGCCGUGGCUGUUACCGUGUAUGUUUCCCCAGCCACCACCCCACUGGUAACGGCCACGUCCACCACCCCACUGGUAACUGCCAUUCAGAACCUCAGCAGCAAUAGUGUGUCUGCUGUCUACUCAUGGUCUCUGUUCAGCAGCAUUUAUGUCCAGAUCCUGAUUACCCUGAAGCUGCUCCUGCUCCUGGGUGUGCUCUGUGCCGUCGUCUGGGUGAACAGGGCUCAGAGAAUUCCCAGGCAAGAGAGAGUCGCUUACCUGGCACUCCAGAAGGCAGUCUUCGAUGACCUCCCCGUACAGCUGGGCAGCUCGUCAGACUACAGGGCCAAGACUUGGACUCUGGACAAAAUGCAGCCGUGAUGGAUUCUGGGAGCAGUUAUGGUUUCUGUACCUCCAGGGAGGAUAGAGAGGACAAUCCCUUGGUGUCCUCAGCCUGGGAG